UCCAACAUGGAGGCCCCCGCGUGGGCGUGGUCAAUGACGCGCCAGCCCCGCGCAGCUUGCCGAUCAUGGCGACGGCGGAGUUGGCCCCGAGCAGUGAGGGUCCGGAGGAAGAGGAGGAGGUUGAGCAGUUGGUUCUGGUGGAACUGUCAGGAAUUAUUGAUUCGGAUUUUCUUUCAAAAUGUGAAAAUAAAUGCAAGAUUCUGGGAAUUGAUACAGAGAGGCCCAUUCUGCAAGUGGAUAACUAUAUCUUUGCUGGAGAGUAUGAAGAUGCACUUGGGACCUGUGUUAUAUUUGAAGAAGACGUUGAACAUGUAGAUGCAGAAGGCUGCAAUAAAACAGUAUUAAAAUAUAAAUGCCACACAAUGAAGAAGCUCAGCAUGACAAGAACUCUUCUGACAGAAAAGAAGGAAGGAGAAGAAAACAUAGGUGUCGCGGAAUGGCUCCAAAUCAAGGAAAAUAACUUCUCCUAUAGACCCAAUAUGAUUUGUAGUUUUUUGCAUGAAAAUGAAGCUGAAGAAGUUGUAAUUCCCACCUCAGAUAAAUCUUUCGAAUUGGAGGAGCAAGAGACUCAAAUGAAAGAUGAUUCAAACCUGGAUUAUGAACAGGGAAAACCAUCGAACUUGGAAAUGGAAGAUUCUGGUCCUCUUACUGCUCUGUCUUCUGAGACAGACGCUUCUGUUUCUAUGGAAACUCAUGGUACUGCCUUAGAAAUCACCCCAAGAUGAAAUGUUUUCAUAAGACUCAUAA